AUGGAUCCCUUCAACAUUACUGUUGGCGCUCUUGGCAUUACAGGGUUUGCUCUAUCCAGCAUCGACAGCCUUCGUGAUCUGAUUGGUAGCCUCGCUGAUGCCGAAGAAGUAGUCCAAGAUAUCGCUUCAACCUUGGAGGCCAUCCAGCGCCCUCUUACCACCCUAGAACAACUCACAAUUUCUGACCAUGCGAUAUAUGCCGAAGCCAAAUCAGAUCUAGAAAAUACUGGCGUCGUGGAGGCUGUGAAUAGAUGCGGCCAGGCGUGUGCCGACUUCACACGAAGACUUCAGCAAUGGAUAAAACAUUCUAACAAUUCCAAGCUUUCUCUCCGAGAUCGCCUUUCCGUUGGCCUAUGGAAUAGGGAAAAGAUCCGUACAUUUAGAACACAAAUCCAAUCUUGCCAGGCCAUCGUUCAGUUUGCCAUUGAAAGUACCCAACUACUUGUUCAGCUUCGCUCAGAGCAUACUUCGAAGAUCGAUCGCGAUAAAUUAGACACCCGAUUGCAGAACCUAGAGAAAGCAAUACAGGAACAUAUUACCCUCAUAUGCAGGCAGCAUAAAGAUGCCUUGGAGCGCCAGGAAGAACUUCAAGAGGAACCAGAGGACGAGGAUGUUAAUGGUGCGCAACGAACUCUGGCAAUAAGAGAAGUUGAAGAGCAGUCACGUCUUCUAGAGAGUGAUCAAACUGCGUCAGAAGUUAUAUCAUCGCAAUUGCGCGCCAUGAUCCAAGGUCAGCACGGCGGCAACACAUAUAGCGCAGCGUUUUCAGGUGGACACAAUAGUGGCAUGCAGUUCGGCUACAGCACGGGUCCCAUCAAUUGGAGUUUAAAUAGCAAAUAUAACUACCUUACUGGCAAGUCACUGUUUUCUCUACUAUAUGGCCACUAUAGAGCCGUGCUGAUGGCAUACAUGUUGCGCAGAGCUUCCGGAGACUCCAACUGGCCCAUCCCUAUCAAUCCCAUUCAGCCGCAACCCGGAUUUUAUAGACCGACCGCGCUGGUAGGUUUGGGUGGUGUCGGGAAAUCACAGCUUGCCAUUGAGUACGCAUAUCUGACCCACGAGCGAUCUCCGGAAACAUGGAUUUUCUGGGUUCAUGCCAGUAACGCCGCCCGGUUUGAGCAGAGCUAUCGAGAGAUUGCGGAUACCGUCAAGCUCUUUGGGCGGCAGAACCCCAAGGCCAACAUCUUCAAGCUUGUAUACGACUGGCUGCGAGAUAGCAAGAAUGAAAAGUGGAUUCUGAUACUUGACAAUUUCGAUGAUGCUCAUUUUCUUCUUGAUCGCGACCGUGGUAUGCAGGAUCAGGUUACUCAUGAAAAUAGCAGUGCUGGUUGGCUGCUGCGAGAAUAUCUUCCACAGAGCCCGAAUGGGUCCAUUUUAAUAACAUCACGAAGCAGGGAAGCUGCAUUGAAGCUAGUAGAUCAGCGCGAUAUUAUCGCAGUCGAACCAAUGGACGAGGCGCACGCACUCGCACUAUUGAAGAAGAAGUUGGGAGACGUGGGCAAUACUCAGGACAUUAUUGAGCUUGCAGCAGCACUGGAGUUUAUCCCGCUUGCGAUGGUCCAAGCCGUGGCAUAUAUUUCCGACCCAGAUCGGGGUUGUUCGAUACGACAGUACCUUGAUAAUUUCCAAAAAAGCGAUCGCAAGAAGAUCCGUUUAUUAGACUACGAAGAGGACCAGUCUCGUCGAGAUUGGGAGGCUGAGAACUCGGUCCUCAAGACAUGGCAGUUGUCGUUUGACAGCAUACGCCAAAGCCGACGAUCAGCAGCUGAUUUACUAUACCUGAUGAGUUUCUUUGACGGUCAAGGAAUACCCGAGGCUGUCCUUCGAGACCACCACAGACAGGGGAAUACGGAGCUGAUUAAGGGCGAUGAUGCGGAUGAUAGUGAAGCACAGUCUAGCAUGACGGAUGAGUUCAACGAUGAUAUCCUCAUACUGCGCAGGUACGCCUUGAUCUCGAUUAAUGUGGACCGAACGACCUUCAACAUGCACAGCCUGGUGCAGCUAGCAACACGGAGAUGGCUAGAAGUGAAUGGCGAGCUAGAGAAGUGGAAGCAGCAGUAUAUCCAGAAUCUGAGUGCGGUAUUUCCCACGGGAGAGUAUGAAAAUUGGGCACAGUGCCGAGUACUUUUCCCACAUGCAAAGUCUGCAGCAAAACAGCGGCCAGAGGGGCGAGACUCAUUGGUAGAGUGGGCUUCUGUGCUGUAUAAGGCAGCAUGGUAUGACUUAAGGAAAGGAAAUGGGGCUGAGGGGGAGAAAAUGUCAAACCAGGCGAUGAAGGCUCGGAAGAUGGUCCUGGGUCUGGAACAUGAAGAAACACUGAACAGUAUUGAGAUGAUAGCGUUAAUAUACUUGCUGCAGGGUCGAUGGAAAGAGGCCGAAGAGCUGUUUGUUCAAGUGACGGAGACAAGAAAGAGAGUGCUGGGUGCAGAGCACCCUGGUACGCUGGCUAGCCUGGCUAAUCUAGCGUCGACAUACAGGAGUCAAGGCCGAUGGGAGGAGGCCGAAGAGCUAUCUGUUCAAGUAACGGAGAGAAGAAAGAGAGUGCUAGCGUCGACAUACACGAGUCAAGGCCGAUGGGAGGAGGCCGAAGAGCUGUCUGUUCAAGUAACGGAGACAAGAAAGAGAGUGCUGGGUGCAGAGCACCCUGAUACGCUGGCUAGCCUGGCUAACCUAGCGUCAACAUACAUGGGUCAAGGCCGAUGGGAGGAGGCCGAGGAGCUCAAUAUACAUGUAAUAGAAACAAGAAAGAGGGUGCUGGGUACAGAGCAUCCUGAUACGCUGGCUAGCCUAGCCAACCUAGCGUCAACACACAUGGGUCAAGGCCGAUGGAAAGAGGCCGAAGAGCUUAAUGUACGCGUAAUGGAGACAAGAGAGAGGGUGCUAGGUACAGAGCAUCCUGAUACGCUGGCUAGCCUGGCUAACCUAGCGUCAACACAUAUGGGUCAAGGCCGAUGGAAAGAGGCCGAAGAGCUCAAUGUACGCGUAAUGGGGACAAGRGAGAGGGUGCUAGGUACAGAGCAUCCUGAUACGCUGGCUAGCCUGGCUAACCUAGCGUCAACAUACAUGGGUCAAGGCCGAUGGAAAGAGGCUGAGGAGCUCAAUGUACAUGUAAUGGAGACAAGAAAGAGGGUGCUGGGUACAGAGCACCCCGAUACUCUGACCAGCAUGAACAACCUCAUAUCCAUAUACACGAACCAAGGACGAUGGAGGGAAGCAAACGAGCUACAGGCGGAGGUGACGGAGGUUUCCAAACAGGUAUUAGAUUCUGAUUCAUCCGUUGAGAAUGGCUCAGUAUUUUCCGCACCAGCCUCCAUUCCCAGCACCAGAUCUUUAGAAUCUGGAAGAGGGGAAAUAAAUUUGUUACUCAUUGAAGAGUUUGCAACUCUACUGCACGAAGAUAGCGUUUUGCUCCCGCUCCUUUUGGUUGGCGUAUCAACAGAACGGAUUGGAUUUGAAAGAAUGCGAAACAACUUUCGGAGGUUGUUGAAUCACUUUGCCAUUGAUCUCAAGGCAGAUAUCCUCAACGAACUUCACCGAGACCUCAGAAGCUUUGUAAGCUCGUAUUCGGCUAUGAUCACUCGUGAACUAUUUGCCAUGACACCUAUUGACAAAGAGCGAAGCAUGAACUCUUCCACUUCAGAAGCACAGCAUAGAACCGUAUCAGAACGCUCAGUCCAGAAGAGUAGAAUGCAAGAUUCUUCUCAAGAUAGGGAACUCCGCACUUUUCAGAUCAGUGAUACUUCCAAUCCUAAUGAUGAGGAAAGCGAUCAAGACUCUGUGGCAGAGGAAGCUGACGAUGAUGAGCCCUAUGAAGGAUCCUUGGACCACUUAGACCAGAUAAAGCACUUCAUUCUUGAAAGCACUGCUUACCAGACCCUCCGUCGUCGGCUCGAAGAGUUUGUUCAACCCACACUAUACUCUCGGCUUCGAGAUCUAGUGACCAAGUGGUCAAGUCAAGAAGACAAGAACCAUGGUGAGGUUGCGCGGUAUAAUCUGCGGGAUCUCGCCACAGAGUUGCGGCACGUGAAUCCCCACGAGAUUAAAUUUGACUCGUUGGACUGGAGAGUGUUGGGAUUGGUGGCCAUUACCUCGCUGUCCGAGGCCGCUCGCAGAAUCAGAAACAAGGUUACGGUGGAAAUGUAUAUGUGGUGA